UAGAGCUGGAAAAUGUCCGAGACUAGGUCUUAAGUGGAACUAGUGAGCUAAGCGCUUAAGGUGUAAAAGGUUAUCGUUUCAGCUGGUUCCACAACGGCAUAGAUCAUUCUUGGAACGAACAAGAGCGUCUACGCGUCGGCUAUUCCCUGCUUUCGAAGGCUGUGCAAGUCUGCGAGAACACCGAAGUCUUGAUCCUCAUCAACAUUGGCCAUGCAGCAUUAACAUCGCCGUUUCACUUGCCGGCAUUGUCCACUCUAACUUCCAAGUCAUCCAUGCCCUUCAGCUAUCGGGAGCUCUUCUUCGGUGGGACGCAAUUCUGCUGCUGCCUGCCCGUAAGGGCCGGCGUCAUCGCCAUGUCGCUUUUGGGUAUCAUCUUGCCUGGAAUCCUGACAAUUAUCUUGUGGUACGAGGUGGCUAGCACACCCGACCUGACAAGCGGAGAACGUGCUGGAUUUGUUCUGGCCGGCCUAUUAGAGACGUUCCUGUGUGUAGUUUCGAUCCUCGGGUUUGUCGGCGCUAUAGUUCGGAAGCAGCUCUUUGUCCGAAUCUACGCGUACUUCAUUUAUGUUCAUUUCUUCAUCAACGUGGGCGUCGCCGCCUAUCUGCUAUGGCUCAUCACCCAUUUCUCUGAAAACGCUGCCACCAAAGCAUGUCAAGACACCAUAAAGAACACUGGUACACAAGAGCAAUGCAUUGGCAUACUACAGAUCGCCAGCGGCGUCUACUUUGUCAUAGCAGCAUUGAUUCUACUCGUUGAGAUGUAUGGUGCCAUCAUCGUUGCACGUUAUCUGAACCAGAUCCAAAGGGAGAAACGCACAGCACGAGCUUCUCGAGCGAGUAUGGGCUAUAAAAUAUUCCCGGCGCCGCGCUCAGAAUACGUGUCUCUUGCCGAUACCAGUGGAAGAACGUCCCGGCUCUCAGCACUUUCACCUGAACCAUAUACGUCGACACGCGAGUUCAAUCCCUACGAAGAGUUUGACCCUUACCGAAACCAGUCGAAUGCGGGGCCCUCAGUGAUACAAGACGUUGAUUUAUAUUCAAACGAGGAUGGAUUACCCAUAGAGGCGGGAUAUGGAGGAGGGACGUGGACCCAUUCUGAGAUAUCCAUGGAAGAAAAGGCUAGAUUACAACGGUCGACGGUUGAUGCUGCGGACCAACAGAGAGACGAGUUUGAAGAUGUACAUCCGCUGGAUAAAGAGCAACAGCGGAACAGAGAUUCCAAAUCUCCUGCAGGCCCCCUCCCCCCCAUGAGAACACGAGACAUGGACGAUUUGCCAAGAUAUUCACUUAAUGACCCUCCUCGCAUUUAUGAUAGUCCAUUGCCACAUUAAUUGUAACACAUACCAUCUUUUCUCGCUUAGGGACCCUUCGUCGAUACUGAUUCUUUUAGUGUACUAUGGUUUACCACAUCUCGUAGGCCACAUGCCUUGUAUAAUAACAGUUCAUGGAGAAUGACAUUAUGAACCAACUAUCUGGC